GGCAGAAACAGUGAGCGCGAAUUCGAUCAUCGGUCAACCCUCCCGUCCUUUCUGAGGUUGUGCAGCUGCUAGAAAACUAAAGUCGGUCGCUAGGUAACUUGGGGAUCCAAGAUGUCGAAAAGGAAAAGCAGCUCUGUCCCCAACCAGUUAAACAAACGGGUCAGACCCGCUGCCGAGGAGGACGUGGAAGAUGAAGAUGUUGCUGAUGAAGAAGAGGAAGCUCUUCAAGGAAAUGGAGAGUGUGCUCGUGAGGUGGUGAGUGAUGCCGGAAUUGUGGAGAGCAUCACACUGAAGAACUUCAUGUGCCACUCUCUCCUCGGCCCGUUCACUUUUGGUUCCAAUGUCAACUUUGUGGUUGGCAACAAUGGAAGUGGAAAGAGUGCCAUUCUGACAGCUCUCAUAGUUGCCUUAGGCGGAAAUGCACAUGCUACAAACAGAGGAUUAUCUCUCAAGGGUUUUGUGAAGGAAGGAGAAAGCUCAGCCGAUGUAUCAAUCACCCUGCGUAACAAAGGAAGGGACGCUUACAAACCCGAGGUGUACGGCCCAGCUAUCAUUGUAGACCUGAGAAUAACACGGGAGGGGCUGAGAACCUACAAACUGAGGAGCAAAACAGGGCAACUUGUCUCAAGCAAAAAGGAAGAGCUGUUGUGUAUCCUUGAUAAUUUCAACAUCCAGGUCAACAAUCCUGUGUCUGUUCUCACUCAAGAGAUGAGCAAAUACUUUCUACACUCCAAAGGAGAGGGAGAUAAAUAUAAGUUUUUUAUGAAAGCUACCCAACUGGAUCAGAUGAGAGAGGACUUUGUAUACAUCAAAACAACCAAGCAUGUUACAGAGGAUAAAGUUGAGCAACAUGGUGAAUGCUUGAAAGACUUAAAGCGGAAGUACCAGGAGAAAGAGGACCGCUACAAGAGCAUGGCGUCUUUGGAUGAAAUGCACACCAAACUGGGGGACUUGCAAAGUCAAAUGGCUUGGGCUUUGGUGAUCGAGAUGGAGAAGGAGUUGGAGCCAAUGAAAGUGAAGCUGCAGUCGGGCAGACAUUCUACAGAGAAAUUUGAUGAGAAGGUGGAGGAAUGGAAGAAUAAGGUUGAGGAGGCUGAAAGUAAAUCCAAGCAGAUCCAGGAGCAAUUGGAGGGGAUCACACAGAAAGUCCAGGAGCUACAGCCCGAAUGUGCCCAGCUUAAGGUUGAGGCCCAGCGACAAAACACUCUUCUCAAGGCUAGCGAGGUGACUGUCCACAGAUUCAAAGCUAACCUGAGGGACCUGGAAAAAGACAAGGAUCAGUUAACCUCACGAAUAAAUGAUCUUAAGUUGAGCAUCAGUCAGACAUCAGGAGCGGAAUGCCAGGCCAGGGCAGAGCGCAUGGAGCAGAUAAAGGCUGAGCUUGAAAGCAUGAGUCACCAGAUCUCCACUUUCGGCCAGCAGAUUGACCAGUAUCAGCAUGCCUGCAACCGUGCCAAGGAAGAACAAGGAAAGAUGAGGAGAGAACAGGACGUGCUCCAGCGGUCCAUAGAGGCCAACAGAAGGAACAUGCAGACGAUGGAGAGCAGUCGGUCCAAUCGGCUGCGGCGUUUCGGAGAGCACAUGCCGGGGCUCCUCAACGCCAUCCAGGAAGCUCACAGGAAGGGCCAGUUUAAGCACAAGCCUCGGGGGCCUCUGGGGUACCUAAUUAGCCUGAAGGACCCAGAGUUAGCCCUGGCUGUGGAAGUAUGUCUCAAAGGGCAGCUGCAGGCCUUCACUUGUGAUAACCAUGAGGACGAGCGGGUGCUGCAGAGCCUCAUGUCCAAAAUGUUUCCAACUGGCCGUAGACCUGCCAUCAUCACAAGCAAUUUCCUUCCAAAAGUCCAUGAUACAAGAUCGAGGGCCGUCAAUCACCCUGAACACCCCUCCGUGCUUCAAGCUCUAGAAAUUGAAGACCCGGUUGUGGCCAACUGCUUGAUCGAUCAAAGGAAUAUCGAGAGCAUUCUACUAAUUAAGAAUCGUACAGAGGCUCGAAGAAUCAUGCAGGGCAGAAACCCUCCUCAGCACUGUAACCAGGCCUUUUCCAAGGAGGGAGAUCAGAUCUUUACCAACCGAAAUUACACUGCUGAGCAGACGAGAGCCAACUACCUCUCGGGGGAUGUGGAGGAAGAGAUCAGGCACUUGCAGAGGGAGAUGGAGAACCAGAAAGCUCAGGCAUCUGGCUUCCAGCAACAGAUGAGAAAGCUUGACGAUGUCAUCAAACAGAACGAAGGGCUGCUGAAAAGAACUCAAGUAGAGCAAAGGACUACCAAAGACAAGGCCACAAAGCUACAGCUGGAGCUGACAGAUCUACAAAAUAUGGAAGAGCCCCAGUCAGAGGAUCUCAAUCCCCUGGAGGAAGAUCUUCAAGAGAUUGUAUCCAAGAUCUCGUCCAAGCGUGCAGAGUACGAUAAGGCCCGUGCUCAGAUGGCUGAGGUGAAGGCGUCCUAUGAGAAGGCGGAGCAGGAGUACAAGCAGCGCAAAGAGCAGAUCAACACUGUGGCUGAGGAUGCAGAGCCGGUCAAGGAGGAGCUGAAUAAGGCUGAUCAGGAGGUCAUGAAGUGCAAGCAUCACAAAAAACACUACGACGAGAAACGCAGUGCCCACCUCCGAAACAUACAGGCCCUUGAAGCCAACCAGGAAAGCAAAGAGCAGGAACUACAGAAAUCUGUGGCGAAGGCUACAAAAAUCUGUCCAGAGCGGAUGGAAGUAAAACGAACAGCCAGGAGUCUAGACAGCGAGAUCAGCCGUCUCAAGGUGAAGAUCGCUACCCAGCAGGAACAUCAGGGGGACCGCGAGGACGUUGUCAGGCAAUAUCAUGAGGCUCUGGAGAGCUACAAGAACAUGGCAGAGCAAAUGAAGUACCUCAACAGCUUCAUCAAAAGUCUCGAUAGUGUCAUGAACCACAGACUCCAGGUGUAUGCUGAUCUCAGGAGGUUCCUCUCGGCCCGCUGUAAAUACUACUUUGAUAGCAUGCUGGCCCAGAGAGGAUACACUGGAAGUAUGACCUUUGACCACAAGAAUGAAACCCUCUCCAUCUCGGUGCAGCCAGGCCAAGGAAACAAGGCCGACCUGAGUGACAUGCGCUCUCUGUCCGGGGGCGAGCGCUCCUUCUCCACUGUUUGCUUUGUUCUCUCUCUUUGGGCCAUCACCGAGGCGCCUUUCCGCUGUCUCGACGAGUUUGAUGUUUACAUGGACAUGGUGAACAGAAGGAUAUCAAUGGACAUGAUGCUGAAGGUGGCUGCUGGUCAACGCUACAGACAGUUCAUCUUCCUGACUCCACAGAGCAUGAGCUCUCUUCCAGUGAGUAAAAUCAUCCGCAUCCUCCGUCUCAAGGAUCCAGACCGUGGCAACAACACACAAAGAAGUCAGGACGAGGAGCAUUAGUAAUCCUAUUGCCAAUCUGGUUUCAGUCAGAAGAUUACUUCUCUCAGGGAACAAAAGAAAUAAUUUUAGUUUGAUAUUCUGUUUAUGUUUUGUACUAGAACACUGAUACAAGUUUAUGUUGUAAGCUUUGUUACACAAUCCACUGUUUCAAGGGGCAGAAUUUUGACGUCCCCUGCCAAUUGUUAAAAUGGCCUCAAACGGUCACGUUGAAGAGUUGUCUUUCAUAAGAAAAUAUUAAACAAUUCAUUAAACCAAAUCGAGAC